CCAAGCAGUAUCAGUAAUCUAAUGAAAAUUUAAGACAAAAAUAUUGAUCUUUAUAGUUUUAAUAUCAGAAUCUAAACCAAUGUGUUCUUUUGUUUUUCAAGGUUGGAAUACAUACUAAAGCAUGGUUUAUUGCUGGUAUCUUUAUGCUGUUGACGGUACUUGUGUCCUUCUGGGGGAUUCUGCAACACUUGAUGCAUUACACACAACCCAAACUUCAAAAACCUAUUAUGAGGAUUCUUUGGAUGGUCCCAAUAUACAGUUUAGAUAGUUGGUUGGCCUUGAAAUUCCCAAAAAUCGCAAUAUAUAUUGAUACCUGGAGAGACUGUUAUGAAGCUUACGUGAUCUAUAACUUUAUGAUCUUCUUUAACAACUACUUAACAAUACGGUUGCCAAACGUGAUAUUACACCUGGAAUCUAAAGAUCAGCAACAGCAUCUCUUUCCGUUCUGCUGCUGUCCGCCGUGGGCGAUGGGAGAAAUGCUGCUCUUUCGAUGCAAACUGGGAGUGCUGCAGUACACUGUGAUCAGAUCAAUUACCACUGUUGCAGCACUGUAAGUAUGGCCUUCCCUUAGCUUUUU